GUGAGGGGCGGGGCCAGUCGGGUUUGUGCGGCCGCGGCGGGGCUUGCAGGUGGGGGAUCUUGCCGGUCCCGUGAAGGCCCGAGAAGAUGAAGCUCCUGUGUGUGGUGGCCGUGGUCGGAAGUCUGCUGGUGCCCCCAGCGCAAGCCAACAAGAGUUCUGAAGAUAUCCGUUGUAAAUGCAUCUGUCCGCCGUAUAGGAACAUCAGUGGGCAUAUUUACAACCAGAAUGUGUCACAGAAGGACUGCAACUGCCUGCACGUGGUGGAGCCCAUGCCGGUGCCCGGCCACGACGUGGAGGCCUACUGCCUACUCUGCGAGUGCAAGUACGAGGAGCGGAGCACCACCACCAUCAAGGUCAUCAUCGUCAUCUACCUGUCUGUGGUGGGCGCCCUCCUGCUCUACAUGGCCUUCCUGAUGCUGGUGGACCCUCUGAUCCGGAAGCCGGACGCCUACACCGAGCGGCUGCACAAUGAGGAGGAGAGUGAGGACGCUCGCUCUGCGGCGGCCGCCGCCACCUUCGGGCCGCGGGCGAACACGGUCCUGGAGCGCGUGGAGGGCGCGCAGCAGCGGUGGAAGCUGCAGGUGCAAGAGCAGCGGAGGACCGUCUUUGACCGGCACAAGAUGCUCAGCUAGGCGGCCGGCUCAGCCUCCGGGCCGAUGGAGCCCGGCCACUCUCGAGCUCCAUGCCCCCUCCGGGUCUUCCCCUUUAGAGCCCCGGGCAGCUUUCAUUCUCUCCCUCUUUUGAAAUGUCGUGCUCAGCUGGGUGACCCAGGAAGGGUGCUGGUUCCCCGCUCAGGGUGAAGGGGAGGAGAGCACAGCCAGCCAGGGUUCUUGGGGCUGGAGCAGGCCUGUCUCCUGGCUGGGCCGUCCCCACCCCAGCGCACGCACCACCCUCCCGCCUCCAGACCCUGGGUCAUCGGGAGCUGCCUCCCGAGCGGACCCCCCAGCCCUCGGGCCGGCCCUGCUGGGAGGGCUGGGUACUCAGCCCGUUGGUCCUCAGGGCCCCUGGUUGUGUUCCGGCUCCUCCCCCCGUCGUCUUCUCUGGUUGACUCACUGCCCUGGCCCCCGCUCCCACCUCAGGAAGACAGGCUGCCCCCCCAAGCCCGUUCCUGCCCCGCAGGCUGCAGUUGCUGAGCUGUUGGUGGGACCACAGGACCCCGAGGCCGCGCGGUGGCCCCAAGCCCCUGGGCCCCUGUCCUCAGAUGGCCACGUGUCCCUGAAUUUCAGCGUCCCCGUGCAUGGAGACAACUGUCCUUCUGUUACUCGCCAUCAUUAAAUUGUCUUUUUUUUUUCCUCUCA